AUGCCUUCUACUGCACCCCCAUUUCUCUUCGUCGCUCGUUUGAUUCUCCCUCUCAUUGGCUAUGGUGGGCAGGUCGGAAAACCGAAACCAUCAACGAUGAAUCUGCCACCCCCCGAGCAUGUCUACGGGUACAAGAUGAUGUUGGACGCCGCGGGAGCAGGAAACAUCAUCGGGGGGUGGAUGGAGCACACGCCCAACGAGGCGACGCAGCCAGGACGAGACUUCAAGAAACUCAAUAGAAUGGCGAUCAUCAAGGGCUCUGGGCUUACUCCCUCUCAGGUGGCAGACUUCCGGAGGACACACGAUGCGCGGCUGAGAGGAGGAAGCAUGCAGCAUCAGCAGGCGAUCGUUCUCCCCUCCUCCCGUGACCCGGAGUUUGCGUAUGGGGUGAAGAAUGUGUACGGGACUGAGAUGGGAGCGCUGAUCAGCAACCAGUACAUGCGAGACUUCAUUCAGAGUCAGCAAAGGAAGGAGACUCAGAGUAGGAUGGCGAGCAAGAAGAUCCCUGUCAUGCACACCAAAGCUUCUCUUGGUCAUAGGUACGUUGAAGUCAUGCCCGACGAUCGCACGCCUUUCAAGAUGAAGAGAUUCCUCAACGUAGAAGGAAAGUUGUCGCGCGACCAGAGCAGGUGA